UUACGAACAAACUGUUUGAGAUACAGAAAUAAUCGAUCAGAUAUUACUAGAAAUUUCAUAACCAACUGUCAUAAUUUUAUUGAGUCAGACUGUCAAUGUGUAUGGGACAUGGGUUGACAAAUAAAUAUUUUGCAUUGAUUCGGGGAUUCACUAUUAUAAUCAUCUGUUAACGGCAGAAUACUAGUAAUCCAGAUGCAUAUUACUCAUAAUUAGACCAACGAUAGCAUAAUAAUUAGUCAUAAAUUGGAACAAGUUUUUCUAUAGUUGUGUAAAUGACUUGGUGUGUUGGUGCUGAAACUGUUUAUCUUGGCUGGAAUGUUUCUGGACAUACCAUGGAGAUGGGAAGAUAUGUGUGGACCGGCCGGGCUGCAGCCCUGGAAUCACGCGUCAAGGGACAUGGGACUGUGCUUCCAGCAGUUGUUUCUGCAAAUUCCUCUGUACUUCAUCAUUGCGGUCGUGUCAGGUUACUAUAUCGGCUACAGGAGGGAUUGGGUGAUAAGAGAGAAGUUGCAGGAGCGUGCAAUAGUCCUCCGUAGUUUCGUUGUGCUAACUUUAGUUUUUAUUCCGAUUGUAGAACUGUAUAUUUUUAUUACGAAGGUGGACUUUGUUUUGCUUCCUGUAGAUUAUUUUGUGGCUGGAGCAUCAUGCUUGUCUUGGCUGGUGCAUUUUGGAUAUGUGUUGUCUCUGAAGCACCGGCUAGGCUCGAGCUCCCGUGGGCCGUCAGUGCAGCUGUUCCUCUGGGGGCUGACAGUGGUGCUCAAUGUGAUAUCUCUACGUAGCUGUGUUAUUCUUGGAGGCCCUGUUGCCUUCUAUGUUGCCACUCUGUGUUGCCAUGUAGUGUACUUCAUUACUUUAAUACCAUCAAGUGAAUCCAGGCCUACUUACUAUUCAGCCUGCCUGGUUGGAUCACAACAUGCUCAUAAUGAGUAUACACCAUUGUUGCCCCAUAUGGAUGAAGGUGUCUUAGGCACGGCUAUGCAAGGCAAUGGCUGCAUAUCACAACUUCUGUUUUUAUGGGUGAAUCCACUGCUAAAGAAAGGCUUUGACAAGAAACUGCAAGACCCAGAGGAACUAUUUGACAUCCCAUCAAAGUACCGGUGUGCUUAUGUUGGGGCUAAAAUGGAUAAAGCACUUAUUGGCAAUGUCGACAAUUACCAGCAGUAUGCGGAGAUACCACAUGAACCUUUUAUCAGUUCAGGCUAUGGCGCGCUGGGCGAAUCCGCGCCACAGUCAUCCACCCCAGUGACGCCAACGUCGCGCGUGCCGCUGCGCCAACGCCGACAAAAUGUGACUCUUCUCCGCGCACUGCACUCGUGCUUCGCGUACCAAUUCUAUAGCAUCGGCGUGUUGAAGUUGGUGUCGGACAUGGCGGGCUUCGCUGGCCCUAUGCUACUCAAUAAGCUGGUCGCAUUCGUGGAGGAUGAGAGCAUUGAUCAACAUUAUGGGUACAUAUACGCAGCAGGUCUCAUGGCUUCCACCCUUAUAUCCACCAUGUUCAACGUGCACUUCAACUGGCUGAUGUCUCUCAUCGGCCUCAAGAUGCGCGGCGCCAUCGUCUCGACCAUACUCCGCAAGACCCUCAGCGUGACGUCCACUGAGCUGAAUAAAUCGUUUUCAGUGGGAGAGAUAACCAAUUUUAUGUCCACGGAUACAGAUAGAAUCGUGAAUUCUUGUCCGAGUUUCCAUGCUUUGUGGAGUAUUCCCUUACAGCUCUUCAUCACACUAUUCCUCCUCUACCAACAAGUGGGGAUCUCCUUCCUGGCCGGCGUAGCGUUCUCGGUCCUCCUCAUCCCCAUAAACAAGUUCAUCGCCAACAAGAUCGGCCAGCUCAGCACGGAGCUGAUGAAACACAAGGACUCCCGUGUUACUCUCAUCAGUGAUUUACUCCGCGGCAUUAGGACCGUGAAAGUCCAUGUUUGGGAGGACUACUUUAUUAACAGAGUAACAGAGUCCCGAACAUUGGAGCUGAAGUACUUGCGCUGGCGCAAGUACCUGGAUGCCAUCUGCGUGGUACUGUGGGCCACCACGCCCGUGCUGGUGUGCGCGCUCACGCUGGGCGUGCACGCGCUGCGCGCCCAGCCGCUCCUGGCGCCCACCGUGUUUACAACAGUGGCUCUAAUCAACAUGCUGAUCGCGCCGCUGAACGCGUUCCCGUGGGUACUCAACGGGCUUACUGAGGCUUGGGUCUCUAUCAAGCGGAUACAGAAACUAUUAGACCUCCCAGACAUGGAUCCCGAGCGUUACUACGACAAGCUAAACACGAAUCGCAACGAAGACAACAUGUUCAUGAUUAACAAUGCCACCUUCGCCUGGGCCAAGCCAGCCGAGCGUAGGAUACCCCAGCCCAGCAGGACAAGCAAGGGCAAGUCCAAGAAGAGACUGUCUAAGAGGAACAUACAGGCUAGCGAUUCGUCAAACGAAGUGGUGGAACACAACGAACCGUUCAUGCUGCGCGACAUAUCCCUGGAGAUCGAGCGAGGGGAGCUAAUAGGCGUCACUGGCAGCGUUGGCAGUGGGAAAACGUCCCUCCUACACGCCAUUAUGGGGGACAUGCUUAGGAAGAGUGGGGAUAUACAGAUCCCAGAGAGCCUUAACAGUUUCGGCUACGUGUCUCAGAAACCAUGGUUGAUACGGGGAACAAUCCGGGAUAACAUUUUAUUCGGGAAGCCAUAUGAUGAAACCAAGUUUCAGACUGUCGUAGAAGCUUGUGCUCUUACUGAGGACCUGAACGUGCUGGGCUGGGGCGCGCACGUGGGCGAGGGCGGCUGCACGCUCAGCGGCGGGCAGCGUGCACGCAUCGCUCUAGCACGAGCAGUUUAUCAGGACAAGCAAGUGUACCUACUAGACGACAUCUUCUCCGGCGUGGACACGCGCGUAGCUCAACACAUAAUGCAGCGCUGCGUGCUGGGCCUGCUGAAGCGAACAACACGAAUACUGGUGUCACCCUCGCCGCGCAUACUGGCCCGCUGCUCCCGAACGGUGCUUGUACAUGACGGCCGCAUACAGGCGCUGGGGCCUCCGGAAGCGGUGCUAAGUGAGAUCGAGGAGUUCCUCCCGAGCGACUCGGAUGUGUUCGAAGAGGAACCUCCCAAGGCCAUCGCGCCCGCACCGGACAAUCAAGACAAUGUCAGUCGAAACAGCUUGGACGAGGAUGAAGCGAUGUCGGAAGGCACGGUCGGCUGGUGGGUGCUAGGCCUGUACCUCCGCUCCGUCGGUUUCUUCCUCUCCAUCGCCAUUAUCCUCUCCCUCAUCCUCAUGCAGCUCUCCCAGAACUUCACCUUCGUGUGGCUCACCUUCUGGGUGCGCAGCAAGUCGCGCAACAUCACCGAGACCGCCGCCCACGAGAACACAACCACUUUAGACCACGGAUUUAACGCUAUAGACACAGUUAUUGACACUAUAAUGAAUAUGUCACAACAGUUCAUCAGCCACUUGGAUCGAAACGUUACGCCAACUAUCAGACUUGAUGCGCCGGCGAAUGUGACGCCGAGUUCUGACGAUGAUUUCUAUUUGGAAGUGUAUUUUGGACUAGCGGGGUUGAAUUUGUUGUUUACGGUGAUGCGAGCGUUCCUGUUCGCCUACGGUGGAGUGCAAGCGGCCACCAGGAUACAUAAGAUCCUUCUUAGAGUCGUGACAAAGGCUAAAAUAAAAUUCUUCGACGUGACCCCGACGGGGCGGAUUCUCAAUCGCUUCUCAUCUGACACGUACACAGUUGACGACUCGCUGCCAUUUAUUAUGAACAUAUUUUUAGCUCAAGUAUUCGGUUUAAUAGGGGCGGUAGCAGUGACAGUAUACGGGCUACCGUGGCUUCUAGCAGGCGUGGUUCCCGUGGCAUUCAUCUACUACCGCUUGCAGCGUUUGUACCGCGUCACAUCUCGACAACUCAAGCGGCUGCAGAGCGUUACUCUAUCACCCGUGUACGCACACUUCAACGAUACGCUAGAAGGUUUAUCGACGAUCCGCGCGCUGGGCGCGCCGCCGCGCUGGGCCGAGCGCGGCGAGGAGCUGGUGGAGGCGUGGCAGCGCGCCGCGCUGUGCGGCGCCGCCGCCGCGCAGUGGCUGGCCCUGCGGCUGCAGGCGUGCGCCGGCGCCUGCGUGGCCGCCGCCGCCUUGCUGGCUGCCGUGCAGCGCGCCACUCAUGCGUUAGACCCGGGUCUGGUGGGUCUAGCGAUCUCCUACGCGCUGUCCAUGACAUCCAUGCUCAGCAACGUGCUCAACUCCUUCACCGAGACGGAGCGCGAGAUGAUCGCCGUGGAGCGCGUCGGCGAGUACAUUACACAGGUAGAGAGUGAGAAAAUUGACGGCGAACCGCCGCCGUACGGUUGGCCCUCGCAGGGCGUCGUGAGCUUCGAGGGUGUUCAUCUUAAUUACAGUCGGGACGGUCGCGGUGCGGCGUUACGUGGCGUCACGUUCUCCAGCUACCCGGGCGAGAAGCUCGGCGUCGUCGGCCGCACCGGCGCCGGCAAGAGCUCGCUGCUGCAGGCCAUCCUGCAGCUGGCGCCCACAGCAGCCGGCCGCGUCGUGGUGGACGGCGUGCCCGUGCACACGCUGCAGCUGCACGCGCUCAGGUCCCGGAUAGGCAUGAUCCCGCAAGAACCGUUCAUCUUCACGGGCAGCGUCCGCGAGAACGUGGACCCGCUCCGCCAGCACUCGGACACGGAAAUAUGGCGCGCUCUCGAGCGCUGCGGCGCCGGCCACGCCGUGCGCGCGCGGGGCGGGCUGGCCGCGCGCGCCGCGCACGCGUCCCGGGGGCUGGCGCAGCUGCUGUGCCUGGCCAGGGCGCUGCUGCAGAGAGCUAAGAUCGUCCUAAUAGACGAAGCAACAGCGAACCUCGACCAAGAAACCGAGCGGCUGAUCCUCGACACGAUCCGCAGCGCGUUCGGCGGCUCCACCGUGCUGCUCAUAGCGCACCGGGUGGUCGGCGUGCUCGAGUGCUCGAGGGUGCUCGUCAUGGCCGACGGCAGGCUGCUCGAGUUCGACUCGCCCACUGAGCUGCUGGCGGAUCCCACGUCGCAGCUGUACGCGUUGGUGCAUGCUCACGACCACUGACCGAUCUCUUUAACGCCAAAUGCCACUAAAGUGGUCGUGCCUACCACGCCAACGACUGCUAAAGGGGUCAUGGCAGACGCUGUCAAAGCAAUUUUACUGUUGACAGAUAUGGUUUAAAUUCGUUUCUCACUAGUUGAAAUUUUGGCAUGUAUGCCAUUGAUGCGAGAGAGCAGCGUUCAAAAGGUUAACCGUUUGUAAAUGUAUUAUGAAUUAUGAAGUCGAAAGUAAUGACGCGCGCGUAAAAAUACAGAAACAAAAUACAAAAAUAAGAUUUUACAUCAGUUGAUCUGUUGAUUAUCAACGUAGUAGUCUGCGUGCUAGUGCUCGUUAUGAGAGGCGGGUUGCUCGAGUUUGUCAUGUCAACAGGGUUACUUCGCAGUGAGUGUGCACUACCAGACAAAUGGAAUAUUUAAUUAAACUGCAAAUGUACUAGAUUCUAAUUAAAAAUACUAUAUAACGCGUUCGUAAUAGUUACAGUUGGUCUGUCUUUGUUACACGCGGAAAAUGCACACAGUGAGUCAAAGUACUCGCGAGUUCUCAUCAUAGAAGGCGGGAGACUGACUUGACAUAUAUUAUGACGAUAUUCAAUCUAAGAGCAUUGCAUAAAAUCGGGUUAAAAUUCGAAGAGUAUCACCAGUGGCAAAAUUAAUUUAUUAUUCGUAAAAGGCACGAUAUUCUCAUAUAGCCAGAUUUAUUAUAUACUUUGACUGAUAGCAUUCCUUUUACAUUAAGUAUUAUGAAAACUAUUAUGUUGUAUUUAAACAAAAACCAGUACUAUUUGAAGUCGAGCAUAAUAAGACUAAAAUAUUACUAGUCUGCUAAAGAUUACUAUGAUAUGAUGUGAUCUUAUAUUAUUACGAGUAUGUUGAAUGAAUAUUUGUACUUUUAGGUUAAUUAUUCACUUAUGAAUUCAAGUAUUUAUAAUAGAACAGUUAUGUGUUUGCCAAAGUUUACUCGCAUUGGUUACUUGUAAUGUUAAUCAAUUUUAGCUUUAGUGAUUCUAGAAUCAUGUUCCUCCAUUUUAAGUUAAAUAUUGUAUUGUACAUUACUAACGAACCGCCCCAGUUUCGCAUUGGUCAAACCUUCCUUUGAGUUUACCGCGAACAUACAUACAAACAGACAGACGCGGCGGAGACUUUGUUUUAUAAGGUGCAGUGAUUUACAAUUACAAGUUAUCAUUUACCAAUCACAUGACAAAUUAAUUGGCAGAUAGAAGAGAUUAUUUUCUGAUAAAAGUAUAUAAGUAAUAUAAUACUAAUUGGUACAGUCAGCGUCAAAUACUUUGUAGCAGUCAAAGUGGCCAAAUAGUUCGGUACACCAUACUAAAUAUAUGGUAUACCGAACUAUUUGGCUACUUUGGUUGAUACAAAGUAUUUGACGUUGACUGUAAUAUUGUUCUUGACCUUUUUCAAGUGUAAAGCACUGAACUGACUGAAAUUGUUAAAAAAUCAAAUAGUUAGUUACCUUAGUAAAUUAAACUAAAUUCGACCUCAUGACUUCCUUAUGUAAUAAAUGUAAUACGAAACUAGUUGUAAGACAAUUACUUUGUUAAUUGAAUUAUGUUAUCUCGUCCUAGUUUCCCUUGUGAUAUUAUAUUUUUAUAUGCAAUA